AUGAUUCUUGGCUAUUUCCUUCCAUUAUUUCAUGUUUGCUUUCUUUCAUUCUUCUUUUUUCAUUCUUAUUUUUCCAGUUACUCCUCCCUUUUUUCGCAUUUCUAUCUAUCUAUCUAUCUAUCUAUCUAUCUAUCUAUCUAUCUAUCUAUCUAUCUAUCUACCCCCUAUUUUCUUUUUUUCGUUUUUUUCCUUUGUAGCCUCAACAAAUCUUUCUUUUUUUCUUUCAUUCUCUAUUGUGUCGCAUCUAUUUCUUUCUUUCUUUCUUUCUUUCUUUCUCGCGUACUUGCAUCUUUCCGCCAUUUUCUUUCAUUUUUUUUUAUCGUGUCGUUCUUUCUGCCUUUUUCUUUCUUUCUUUCUUUCUUUCUUUCUUUCUUUCUUUUCAUUCCCUCUUUCUUUUUGAGGCAUCUAUUUCUUUCUUUUUCGCGUACUUGCAUCUUUCCGCCAUUUGCUUUCAUUUUUUUUUAUCGUGUCGUUCUUUCUGCCUUUUUCUUUCUUUCUUUAUUUAUUUAUUUAUUUAUUUAUUUAUUUUUGAGGCAUUUAUUUCUUUCUUUUUUGCGUACUUGCAUCUUUCCGCCAUUUUCUUUCAUUUUUUUUUUUUUUGUUGUCGUGUCGUUCUUUCUUUGUCUUGUUCUGUCUUCCUUAUUUCUUUCUUUCCUUAUUUUUCUUUCUUUCUUUUUUAUGCUUUCUCAUUUAUUAUUUCUAUCACAUAUAAGCUGGAUCCCGUUUUACAUCUCUAUUCUGUGCCGUUUUAUUCCUCUCCCCAUCACCCCACCAACCGCCUCGUUCUCGGGGGAAUCGAACGCCAUCUUAUAUUUAGUGUUUGUCUUUCUUUUUUGUUUACUAUUCUUUCUUUCUUUCUUUCUUUCUUUCUUAUUCAUUCUUUCUUUCUUUUUAGUGUUUCUUUCGCUGUUAUUUUCUUUUUGUUCACUUUUCUUUCUUACUAGUUUGUUUCUUUCGUUCCUUUUCACUCUUUUCUUUCUUUCUUUCUUUCUUUCUUUUUCUUUCUUGUCCACUCUUUCAGUCUUUCUUUCUCUCGCUCGAUCUUUACCUGUUAAUUUCUUUCUUUCUUUCUUUCUUUCUUUCUUUCUUUCUUUCUUUCUUUCUUUCUUUCUUGUUCACUCUUUGUUUGUUUCUUUCUUUUCCACUCUUUCUUUUCUACGCUUUUGUUUUUCUAUCGUUCGAUCUUUAAGUGUUAUUCUCUUUCUUUCUUUCUUUCUUUCUUUCUUUCUUUUCUGCUGUUUCUUUCUUCCGAUCGAUCUUUCGUUGAUUUUGUCUUUAUUCACUCUUUCUUAUUUACUCUUUCUUUCAUUUAUCAUUCUGCACCAAUAUUUCACUUUUCUUUCUUUCUUUCUUUCUUUCUUUCUUUCAAUAUCUUUACCUCUCACUCUCACUUUCAAUGCACCACUCUCCCUCUCUCUCUCUCUCUCUCUCUGCUUUCCUUUUUUAUCUCUUUGCACCUUAAUUCUCUCACUUCUUUUUUUCAUUUUGUCUCUCACUCUGUUUUUAUCUCUUAUACGCCCACCCAUACUAUCUUUCACCUUCUAUCUAUCUUUUUCGCUAUUUGCCUUUCCCUUUCUUCCACGGGCUUCUACUAUCAUUUGCUUUUACCCUCUUUCUAUCUCUUGGACUAACAUUCGUACAAUUCCUAAAAAUCUAUCUAUCUAUCUAUCUAUCUAUCUAUCUAUCUAUCUAUCUCAGAUUGUUAUCUAUCUAUCUCAGAUUGUUCAUAUCUAUCUAUCUAUCUAUCUAUCUAUCUAUCGAUCUAUCUAUCUAUCUAUCUCAGAUUAUUCAUAUCUAUCUAUCUAUCUAUCUAUCUAUCUAUCUAUCUAUCUAUCUAUCUCAGAUUGUUCAUAUCUAUCUAUCUAUCUAUCUCAGAUUAUUCAUAUCUAUCUAUCUAUCUAUCUAUCUAUCUCAGAUUGUUUAUAUCUAUCUAUUUCAGAUUAUUCAUAUCUUUGUAUCUAUCUCAGAUUGUUAUCUAUCUAUCUAUCUAUCUAUCUAUCUAUCUAUCUAUCUAUCUAUCUCAGAUUGUUCAUAUCUAUCUAUCUAUCUAUCUAUCUCAGAUUGUUCAUAUCUAUCUAUUUCAGAUUAUUCAUAGGUUUGUAUCUAUCUCAGAUUGUUAUCUAUCUAUCUAUCUAUCUAUCUUCUCAUCUGUCAACUUGUUUGCUUCUUUCUUCCUUAUCUUCACCUUUUCGCACUUCCCAUUUGAUGACAUCAUGCGCAUGCGCAGACGCGUCCGUAUGCACAACCCCAUCAUUACCACAAUCUUUCUCUCCCAUGACACUCCUCUCUUUCCUCAUUACUUUUAACACCACUAAAUUUCUCUCCCUCUUUUCUAUUCCUUUUCACCCCAUACCCUUCUUUAUUUCUUUCUUUCUUUCUUUCUUUCUUUCUUUCUUGUAA